AUGUCAGUCUUCUCCUCCAAGCGACUCGAGAACAAGACGGUCCUCGUCACAGGGGCCAGUGCAGGCAUUGGCGAGGCCACAGCUAUUCUCUACGCAAAGGCUGGUGCAAAUGUCAUCAUUGCAGCACGCAGGCAGGACGCCCUCGCAACCGUUCUUGAAUCUCUCAAGGCCGCGCACAAAGAGUCGGGUGUUCAAGCAGGCGGAAAGUUUGCUGCCGUGCAGCUCGACGUAUCGAAUCGCGAAGAUGUCAACAGUCUCUGGACCAAGGUGCCACAGGAGCUCAGAGAGGUCGACAUCUUGGUGAAUAACGCGGGAUUUGUCAAAGGGGUCGAGCGAAUUGGAGAGAUUGCAGACCAGGAUAUUGACGACAUGUUCGCAACAAACGUCAUUGGUCUCAUCAGUGUCACUCAGCUCCUUGUCAAGGACUUCAAAGCGCGCGGGACCGGACAUAUCAUAAACAUUGGCUCCGUGGCAGGACGCGAACCGUAUGCCGGAGGUGGCAUUUAUUGUGCGACUAAACAUGCAGUCAAAUCCUUCACUGGUUCCCUUUUGCGCGAACUCGUUGAUACGCAGAUUCGUGUCACAGAAAUUCAACCCGGAAUGGUCGAAACAGGCAAGUCCGAGUUUUCGAAUGUGAGGUACCGGGGCGACAAGGAAGCUGCAAAAAACGUCUACAAAGGCCUGGAACCAUUGACUGCCCAAGAUAUUGCCGAAGAAAUCGUAUGGGCAUCCUCAAGGCCACCACGGGUCAAUUUGGCAGAGGUCUAUGUCCUACCGGUCAACCAAGCAAGCCCUGGAAUUGUCUACCGCUCACAAUCCUAA